UCGUACCAAUGCGAAUUCCAUUGUGCACCAUUAAUAAUUUAGCACGUUAAACAAUUUUUCUAUAAAAAACACGUCAAUGAAUCAAGUGUGCAUACAAUUAAUAUGCUGAAAACACUGUUAGUAAGCACUAAAUAAAACGCAUAUAAAUAAAACGCAUCCAACAUUCCGAAUGCGUUUUACUGUAUAAGUUCAUAGAGUCAGUACACUAUAUAAUUAAGCUGGGAUGAUCAGCGCGAUCACGGUGAAAGAUAGAGAUAUAACGGAAUCUCGAACGUACCUACAUAAGUAUAACGGAAUGACGGAACGUACGGCACGCGUUGAAUCAUGCUAUGGUUAUAUAUAUAUAUAUAUAUAUAUAUAUAUAUGUGUGUGUGUGUGUGUGUGUGUGUGUUUGUGUGUGUGUGUAGAGAGAGAGAGAGAGAGAGAGAGAGAGAGAGAGAGAGAGAGAGAGAGAGUGAGAGAGAGAGAGAGCACGGCUGUGUUUAUUUAUACUUAUAUUUUUCGUUAUAACCAAACAUCAUAGACAAUUAUAUACAGCAAUCAAAACAUGUCAGAGAAAAAGAGAAAAAAGUAUCUAUAUGAUGAAAAUGCACCAGUAACAAAAUAUGCUAUCACUAAAGCUAAAAAAUCCAUUGAAGAGGAAAAAAUAGAUGAUCUACAUAAAAUUAACUGUAGUUCAAUCCCUAUUGAGCCAGAGUUGCCUGCAAUUCGACAAUUAGUUGAAACGAUUAAAAUUGACGACAAUAAUCCAAUAGUAGGAGACACGCAAAAUGCUAAAUCAUCUGAUGUACAUGACUACAAAUUAUUUGAUUCUGUAAGUGAAUUAUCCUAUAUUUUAUUUGAUACAUUUAUAAUCUGUGUAUAUGUUUCAAAAAUAUAAUGAAUCAUAAAUCUAUAUAAAGUAUAUUGUUCUGAUAUGCACUUUUGUUUCAUGAGUUGUAUAAAAAAAUGUAUUUUGCCAAAAAGUAAAUGAAAAGUAUUGUAUAAAAAUUAUAAAUUUUUGUUCCGUACUUCUACGGUUAAUAAAUUUUCUUCUGCAACUCA